GAACCCAUGAUUGUCCUCCUUAUCGCGUGCAUGGUAACUUGUUAUAAACUUCAAGACAUCGUGUGCAUCGUUACAUAACGCGUUAGCAGCAGAUAUGAGAUACAUUUUGGGAAUGGCGCUGGCGCUCGUUAUCCUGCGAGUUCGUGCUGGGAUCGUAAAUAACGGAUUUUGCGCGGAUGGGAAGUGUUUUAGCAUCCACGCAGACCGGCUAAAUUUUGCCAUGGCGAAGGACAUUUGUAAAGUUCGAGGAGGACAUUUGAUGACCGUGCGCUCUGAGAAAGCGAACGAUGUUUUGAGGCAUCUGCUGGAAACAAUUACUGGAGACUUUUGGCUGGGACUUGAAUACACCAGUGGUCUGUGUUCUGGCUCUACUGUCGGGUUAAAGGGAUACAGGUGGAUCACCAAAGACAACAAAACCAACUUCACCAACUGGAAAAGAAGCGACGAGGUCUGUUCCCCAAGAUGCGUGUCAGUCUCCAAAGACGCACUGAAAUGGCACGAAUGGGCAUGCGACAAAACCCUAGAGGGUUAUUUGUGUGAAUACACGAUCACUAACUACUGUCCCCCGCUGGACAAGGGUGCGUUAUACGAAACACAUUUUGGAAUCACGAGUAAUGCCCUCCAAAAUGUUCCUGUAGGCAGCAUCGGGACCGCGCAGCCCCUGGGUACGCGGCACGUGUGUGGGGGGGACGGCUGGCUUCAAGCACCGUGGAUUUGUGAAGUUUUCCAGGGAGGUUGUGAAUAUGAAUGCGUUAAGAGUGCGCAGGGCCCCGAGUGCACGUGCCCGCCGGGUUAUAAACUCGACAACAACAUGGUCACAUGCACUCCUCCUCAGGACGAACCGAGCGCGCAAUCGGAACGCGUCUGUGGCCCGGGGUUUGAACUGAACGCGGAUGGGAUAACAUGUGACGACUUGGACGAAUGCAGCGAUGAGAGCGCCUGUACUGAUGCGAACAAACAGUGCGUAAAUACGCGUGGCAGCUUUGAGUGUCUUUGCAAACCUGGCUAUGAGAGUGUACGUGGAGAUUGCAUGGACGUGGACGAGUGUGCUUCCGGGCCCUGUGAACACGUAUGCACCAACACCAAAGGCGGUUAUCACUGUACAUGUUUUGAUGGAUUCAUACAAUCGACGGAAGACAUGCACACAUGCAAAAUGCACUGUACUGAAGCUGAAUGCCCCCCGGAGUGUAACCCCAAUAACAGCGCCGAGUGCAACUGCCCAGAUGGUUUUGUCCUCCUUGAUGAGCAGCGUUGUGUUGAUAUAGAUGAAUGUGAUAGCGAGCCGUGUGACCAGAAGUGUGAAAACACCUAUGGAAGUUAUAAAUGCUCCUGUGAUGAAGGGUUCGUGCUUAAAAAGAACGGAAAAUGUGAGGUGGAUUAUUUUGAGGGCUCAGUCACCUCGGGACCUUUUGAUAAAUUUAUUCCCACCUGUAGACCCCCGAGAGAUAAACCAGUGUUGCUUUCAACCGACAAUCUGCUGGGGAUAAUGGUUUGCACGGUCGUAUCUGCUGUACUGCUUGUUGUACUGGUUUGUCUCGUGCACUGCAUCACUAUACGUCGCAAUAAAACGCAACAUUACGAUCUGCAGAAAAGCCACGCGGACACCUACGAUUUUCAAACAGAUAUUUGAUAACAGAACUCUAAAACCAGACACAAACUAAAGAUUGUACACUGUAAAAAAGGUAACAAUA